ACGUUGGUUGGUUGUGUUUGCGGAAUACUGCGACAGGGAGACAGAGAAUCAGGGUAGGGGGAUUAGAAGGGAUCGGCGGGUAAGGUGGUACGUAGAGGGUGGGGAGGACACCAAUUCAUCCGAUUGGCGCUCGCGCACCAGUCGGCAGUCUUACCGUCAAUGAGAAGAUGGCCGCUGUGCUCGGUGGAAGUGUCGCCAUUGUUUAGUGUUUAGUUGUUUUACCGUUUUUCGCGUUAUUCUGAAGAGCCUGCCAAGAUGCCGAGCGCGUCGUUCACCUCGUCGCGCAGCUACGUACGAAGAUCCCGGAGGAAAGGUGCCAAUAGAAUUCCUCUGCCUUCGAGAACUACCUCGGCCGAGCCAUGCGAGCUACCGUGUCCCGCUUCAAAUCAAAUUCCUCCUGGCGGUGGGGUCGGCGGCGGUGGCAGCGGAGGUAGAGGUUCUUCGCCUAGUGUAUCAGGUGUAGCUGCGCCAUCUCCUUCUCCAUCACAUUCACACUCUUCACCAUAUGACCUGAGACGCAAAAGUCCUCCUCAUCCUGACCCAGCACCCGGCACUAGUUCUGCCUUACCUCCUCCUGGUGGAAGCAGCGUUGCGGCUGCUCUUGGUUCAUCCUCUCUACCAGCCAGAAAGCGACCUAGACGAACAUGUUCAUUGUCCACCGACGGUACAAGCACAAACACGGCAGCACACUAUCUUCAGUAUGAACUUCCGGAUGAAGUGCUGCUCACAAUAUUCAAUUACUUGAUGGAGCAGGACCUGUGUCGGGUAUCGCAGGUUUGUAAGCGGUUCCAAGCGAUUGCAAACGAUACAGAACUAUGGAAGUCUCUUUAUCAACAAGUAUACGAAUAUGAUCUGCCGCUAUUUAACCCUGCACCCUGUAAAUUCGAAUUCGUAUCGCCGGAUGAAUCAGACUAUCCGAAUCCUUGGAAAGAGAGUUUUCGGCAGCUUUAUAGAGGGGUACACGUAAGGCUUGGAUUUCAAGAUUUGAAAUUCAAGGGACGAAAUCUUCCCUAUUUCAACACAAUUCAAGGAGCUCUAGACUACGUAGAUGAAUAUAGAAGUAGUAGUGGUUCAUCUCCAAACAGUAGUGCCAGCACCAAUAGUCAAGGGAAUUGUUGUGGCAACAACUCGCAAUCCUCCGAAGAGGCGCCGCAACAUUUAGUGUUUCUGCAUGCUGGAACGUAUCGUGGUGAAUUCCUCGUGAUAGACAGUGACGUAGCACUGAUAGGUGCAGCGUCGGGUAAUGUGGCUGAAUCCGUCAUUUUGGAACGAGAGAGUGAAUCCACAGUGAUGUUCGUGGAAGGGGCUAAACGAGCGUACGCGGGACAUCUGACGUUAAAGUUUACACCUGAUGUUACCAGUACAGUUCCACAUCAUAAACACUAUUGUUUGGAGGUCGGCGAAAAUUGCAGUCCCACCGUCGAUCACUGCAUUAUCAGGAGCUCGAGCGUAGUUGGAGCAGCUGUUUGCGUAUCGGGUGUAGGUGCCAAUCCAGUUGUGAAGAACUGUGACAUUUCAGACUGCGAGAAUGUUGGUCUUUACGUGACAGAUUACGCGCAAGGCACCUACGAGGAUAACGAGAUAUCGCGGAACGCAUUGGCUGGCAUAUGGGUGAAGAAUUAUGCGAAUCCUAUUAUGCGAAGAAAUCACAUUCACCAUGGAAGGGACGUUGGAAUUUUUACGUUCGACAAUGGCCUAGGAUAUUUUGAGGCAAACGACAUCCAUAACAAUCGUAUUGCUGGGUUCGAGGUAAAAGCUGGCGCGAAUCCCACUGUUGUGCACUGUGAAAUUCAUCAUGGCCAGACAGGUGGUAUUUACGUUCACGAAAAUGGCCUGGGCCAGUUUAUCGACAACAAAAUUCAUUCGAACAACUUUGCUGGUGUUUGGAUAACAUCAAAUUCGAAUCCGACGAUUCGCAGAAAUGAGAUUUAUAACGGACACCAAGGAGGCGUUUAUAUAUUUGGCGAAGGAAGAGGUUUGAUCGAGCACAAUGACAUUUAUGGGAAUGCCUUGGCCGGCAUACAAAUCCGAACAAAUUCUGACCCCAUCGUUCGGCACAAUAAAAUUCAUCAUGGACAGCAUGGCGGAAUUUAUGUACACGAGAAGGGACAGGGUCUGAUAGAAGAGAAUGAAGUAUUUGCGAACACGUUGGCAGGUGUCUGGAUAACUACGGGAUCGACUCCAGUGUUAAGAAGAAAUCGGAUUCACAGUGGGAAGCAAGUCGGCGUUUAUUUUUAUGAUAAUGGUCAUGGAAAAUUAGAAGACAAUGACAUAUUCAAUCACUUAUACUCAGGAGUACAAAUCAGGACUGGAAGUAAUCCUGUUAUACGCGGAAACAAGAUAUGGGGUGGACAAAACGGUGGUGUCCUUGUAUAUAACAGUGGCUUAGGGUUACUCGAACAAAAUGAAAUAUUCGAUAAUGCAAUGGCAGGCGUUUGGAUUAAAACCGACAGUAAUCCAACCCUAAAGAGGAACAAGAUAUUUGACGGUCGAGACGGCGGCAUUUGUAUAUUCAAUGGUGGCAAGGGUGUUUUGGAAGAAAAUGACAUAUUUCGAAAUGCACAAGCAGGAGUUCUCAUCUCGACACAGUCACAUCCAGUACUCAGGAGAAAUCGAAUUUUCGAUGGACUGGCUGCAGGUGUCGAAAUAACCAAUAACGCGACCGCCACAUUGGAAUUUAAUCAGAUUUUCAACAAUCGAUUUGGCGGUUUGUGUUUAGCAAGUGGCGUUCAACCCACUACCAGAGGUAACAAAAUAUUCAACAAUCAAGAUGCCGUCGAGAAGGCAGUGGGCAACGGUCAAUGUUUAUACAAAAUUUCGUCGUACACGUCAUUUCCAAUGCACGACUUUUAUCGCUGUCAAACGUGCAACACUACCGACCGAAACGCCAUAUGUGUCAACUGUAUAAAAACCUGUCACGCAGGACACGACGUGGAAUUCAUUAGACACGAUCGGUUCUUCUGCGACUGUGGUGCUGGAACGUUGAGCAACCAGUGUCAACUUCAGGGUGAGCCAACGCAAGACACAGAUACCCUCUACGAUAGUGCCGCUCCCAUGGAGUCGCACACGCUCAUGGUUAACUAGGAAUUAACUUAAUCUAACGUAACCAAUCAAACGACUAUAAUCCGUAAGUCCGAUUCAUUAUAACCACUGUGCAGUAAUCUGUUGCCGAGUUCUCUUUGUUCUUAUCAUUUUAUAAGACUUUCUUUUUGUUUCUCUUUCCUUUUUUUUUUCACUCAAAUUAGUCUCAUCAUUCAUCCGAUUAGUACUAUUGUUAAUUAUUAACGUGGUAGCACCGAUAUUUAUUUGCACGCGCGGUACUCGGGCAAUCCGAUUCACGUGAACUACAUAAAUUGCUUCUUUUUUUUUUAUUUCACAUAAAAUUAUGCGAUGCCGGACGUUUGCCUCUUUUUUUAAAAUAUCUUCCUUUUCCACCUAUCGUUAAUGUGCCUUCGCCACAGAGAUACACUCGAUUCGGAUCACCACGUUACACGUGUCUUCGUUUACGUAAGUCUUCUUGAUCUCGUAUAAAUUUUCCAAUAUGAUAAAGUCUAGAGAACUCUGCAAACGGUACAUAUUCCUCCUACCCGCGUUAAAACGAUAAUAUGACGCAUUAACAGUGAAAAAUAAUGAAAUGAAAAAAAAAACCAUGGCACUCUCGCAUAAAUCGUAUAAAAUAAAGUCAAUGAAAAAAAAAUAGAAAAGAAAGAAAAGAAACAUGAACGUUACUACAUUGAUCGACUGACCCGAAGCAUAAUUAGAAGUGUACGCGGUGAAGUGUCUCUUGUGAGUCUUCGACUGCUGCUCGUAAUUGUAGAUGAAACGAAAAACAACAGUGACAAACUUUUGUGUACAAAAUAUGUGUAUACGUCAUCUGAUAAAGACGGUCGAUUGUGCUAACGAUGUAUUACUGUUACGCCAGUCUUAACGAACUGCCGUUGAAACUAAUGGAUGCACGGUGGCAGCAGAAUAAUCGUAAAAGCAGCCCAAUCACGGUUAAUAUGAUAUGUAAUAAAGUGACGCGAAUGUAAAUUGUGUAUUAACGCGGCCAACUGAACGGAUAUAGAGAGAGAGAGAGAAAGAGAAAGAGAGAGAGAGAGGGGUGGGGAGGCAAAGAGAGAUUGAGAUGAAAGAGUACGAUAAGGAGGAACGUUAUUAUUCGAAACUCUCGCGAACGAAGGCUUAUCGACUCUAAACUGAACUGUAUGCUCGCGAUACAUACGUCAUUAGAGGGUUAUUGUGUUUUGAUAGAGCACAGCGGAAUGCAGCAGCGGAGCCCCAUCGAGGAUAUCGUUAUUCAUGGAAUUGAAAAGAAGAAAAAUGAGAAGCUUGACGUUGCCCAUGAGAAUUGAAAAGUUACGCGGUGGACCUAGGUGCGACAGGGUUGCUGGUAUCUCCACCAUUUGAGGAAAUAAAAAUUGUAUUAACCCUUGCAAGAAUAUUAUCGACACGUAAUGUACUGGGAAUAAGCUAAACGAAACGAAGAACCUAUUAGAUAAAGAGGAAUGUCUUUAAAAAAUGUGAUACAGAGCUCACAGAACCGGCAGGAAUAAUAAUCAAAAUGAAUGGAACAUCCAAUAUCCUUUAAUAACUUUUUGCAAGAUGUACAAGCACCUAAUGAAUACCCCACGUGCACUCGAUUCCUGAAUUCCGCUACUGCGUCGUGAAUUGUGAUGGUCCUAAGCUGCCUAAGGGCGAAGUGCAUAAUAAGACGAGGAUAAUGGGAAUAUUUAAAAAUAAUUUAAAUGCUAAAAACAACGCUGAACGACAGUGUAAAACCAGUGAAAGAAAGAAAGAAAGAAAAAGAAAAAUGAAACAUACUGUCCGCGGAACAGUUUUUAAAGUAAUCUCGAGUUUUUAAAAGUAAUCCAAUUUUUUAAAAAAAUAUUACGUUAGUGGUAAUGUCUAAUCAUAUUAUUGUAAUUGUAUCUCAAGAGGGGGAGUAUUCUCUCUUGUUAUUGAAGGAAGCGCCUAUUAGCGAUAAUUUUUAGACGCAACCAACUCCAUCUACGCAAAUGAAUACGAAAUAAGUAGCUAAAAGAAUAAAAUUAUUAACGCCAAGUUUUGAUUCGUCAUGCAAAACUUAGCGGCAUAUUAUAAUUAUGUUGUAUGUAGUACUUUUUGUAUAUCUCUCUUGGUAAAAGUGGGUAAGUGGUAUGCGAAAAUUGUCUCUGACCAUACCGACCUAAGGUCUGUACCAUUAUAUACGGUGGUGUCAUAUUAUACAUAGUAUAAAUAUAUAUGACUUACCUAUGUGCUUACUGAGAGAUGACGUCAGAGGCAAUAUUCGCUCGUGCAUAUUAGACCUGACAAUUCUUAAAUCAUAUUAUGUUCGUGAGUGAUGCUGUACGGUGUUUUGUUUUUGUUUUAAUAACCUUCGGUAAAUUAUCCUUUUUAAAUGCUGAGCUAAGAGAACUGCAGAGCUAUUGUGAUACACACAGAGGACCUAUUAGAAAUUUCGACACAAUUUUCGACAAAUUGUGUCAUAUAUCAGCGCGCGGUUAAAUAUCAGCGAAAUAAACAUUUUUUCCUCAGGGAUGUUAAGAUUUUUAGAAAUCACCCGUUGUAGCCGCAACUCUCUUUCGUCCCCGAGCAAAAAAUUUCUUAAGCUGUCGAUACGUUAACCGUGACUUUGCGUUUGCUGGAUAUAUUAUGCGAGUUUUCGAUCGUAGAACGUGACUGUCAUUCUCCUCCAAUACGUUAAUCGUAUCAAUACCGAAGUCCAUGAGCUUACAAUUUUAUGGGCAUCUAUCAUAUUUCAUUCGCCGCGCAAGAAACUCAUUAACCCCAAGCAUUGCGUCUCGUUACUCCAUGUAGAGUUGCAAUGGAUGAGAGCUCGUUGCGAAUUUAUGUCUUUUUGCGAAAAAGAUACUCAGAAAGAAAGAAAAAAAAGGAAUGGAAAAAUGAAAUUUCAUUGAAACACAAUACACGAAUGAUACGCUUACCCUAGUACGGUAUCGUUUUGUAGAUCACGAUUAUCCAAAACACUUUGUGCUUUCUUCUUUUCUUUUAUUAUCUUAUAGUUUCAAGCGUGUUGAGUAAUAUUUACCGUUUAACAUUGUUUUGCGCCGCAGCCACGUUAACGAAAUCGAGAGGAAUUAUUAUCUGUUUUCUUUUUCUUUCUUUCCUUUCUUUGUGUUUUUUUUUUUUUUUUUCCUAAAUUCCUACUCUUCAAGUGGCUUCAACACUACGUACGUUUCUUUUGUUGUCGAAAUAUCAAGUUACUGGGAUUCCGUUAGUACGCAAUGUACCGUUAGCAUUUGGCACAGCCACGAGAUAUCGAUUUGUACAAUGAAUUGGCACGAGAGAUGUAACUUCCAUAGUAUAAAAAUGUUGUAUCGUUUGGCUGCUGCACGAUUCCAAUGUUUCUGUUUCUAGUUGUUGGAUGUGUCAGAGAUAAGAUUUAAUCGACAAUGUAAAUCUGUUGUGUUUUAAGUUUUAAAUUUCCUGUAAUCCCAUCCCUCCCCCCCACCCCCACCGGGCUGGCAUCACAUAAAGUCUAAAGGUCUUACGGAAACACUUGCUUUACGGCAUUUAAUCAAAGCUGUAACGUUACAAGGUAAUACCGAUUUAUAUCAAGUGAAACCGAAGGCAGUGCCUGUAAUCAUUAGACAAAAUUUCGUUAUCACCACUUGACGUGACGUAAAAUUCACAAAAAUAUGAAAGAAAGACUCGAAAUAGAUAAUUUUUUUUAGUCUUGAUUAAAUUUAAUAUCUAUAUUAAUAUACCGCACGAGUAAAAUUUCUAAAUACUUGGAGGAAAAACAUAUACGAUCAUUUACCCUAUUAUUUAAUGAUAUUUUGAUUAACAUUAUUAUACAUGUAUCUUUUCGUCCCCUUAUAUGUUUCUUCUUUUUUUUUUUCUUUUUCUUUUUUUUUUUAAUCACGUUUUCGCUGUAUUGCAAUUUGUACAUUAUCCCAUACUUGUUUAUCGAUUUUUAUGAAUGUAAAGCUUUGUUUAUUUAUCGGAUAUUAUUAAAAAAAAAACUUUUUUUUCUUUCGUCAUUAAUUCAUUCCACGUCUAUAUCCCGCACCAAUAUGCUACUUCAUUUUUUCAACAAAUACUUGCCAUUAUUAUGUCUGUUGCCAUAGGUUGCGAUUUAUUUUUUGUUUUGUUUUGCGGUAGACACUAUAGAUAGACUAAUACGCAAUGUGCAACACACGCAUCCACAAGAAAUUGAUACCACUACGUAUUCUGUACAUAAUCUGCCCACUAUAUAUAAUUAUAUAUACAAAUAUAUAUAUAUAUAUAUAUAACGCAUUGAUUAUACUAUUAUAGAAAAUAUAUUAUUAGAAAUUAUCAUUUUUAUUUUCUCAUCCCGUUUUCAUGAUUCACAAUACCUUUUGAUUUUCUUUCUCCACCAGCAAAAGUGACGGAGUUCUCGCUCGAUCGAAAGAGAUAUCACGAAUUUUAAUUUUGGCAACUGUCCAAAUUCAUUGUUCACCAUAAUUUUCCGUACAAGGAGUUAAACUUAACUAGUGAACAUAUUAACCUCAUAAGUGGAAAUGACGUGUCCCGCCCGCAUGAGUUCUCUGUGCCAAACAAAACUUUGACGGGUUACGCCCGCCGUAACAACUGCACGCACAGAGUUGCGAUAAAAUUAAUUAGUCUGGACAGGCACGUUUGCCUUACAAUAAAUCGUAAGGGCAAGGGGUUAAUUGCAAUGUAAAUUAUUCUGGAAGUAUUGUCGGGAAUAGGUAUUGAGCAUAUUUGGAAAAAAUUAAGUAAUUCCGAUACGAGCACAGAACUUUGCCGCGAGUAUAACGGCCGUUUUUGUAUUCGAAUAUAAAUCCUUUUAAGAACUAGCCGCUAAUUAAGCCUGCCAGCCACGUUAACAUUGUUUUUUCUUUUUUCUAUCAGUUUCUGUAUCUUCCAAUUGGAGCAAGAGCAUUGCGCAUGCGCAACGCACAUUUUUGGGCAUUACAUUUCAUAAGUCCAAUUAAGGUUAUACAAUGAAAAAACACGAAAGAACGUGCUCGUAUGGCAGUUUAACGUGUAAUGGAGAAAAAGUAGAAAGAUAAAUCUCGUGAAAUUUUCUUUUCAAUUAAUCUUAAGCUAACGAUAGUAAAGACUGGUCGUACUUGGUGUCGUAUCUCGUUUCAGCAGGUCUUAACGGUACUCUCCCACCCCCCCACCCACACGCACCCUACCCACUGUUUUAUAAGAAUUACCGUAAUAUGAAAUUGUAGCGAACAUUAUCUGUAAACGUCUGAAAUGUGAAUUAAACAUUGAAUCAUUUGAAAUUGA